CACUUGUUGCUGAGGACAAGCAGUUGCUCGCGUGACGCCGGACGGUGACGACAGGAAGAGGCUUGCCCCGACAGACGCAAAAUGAUGCAAAAUUACGACAAUGGUGCAGACGGUAGCAGCGAACAGCAUUUGAACAAAAGGCACGUGAAGCGAACGAAAAGGAAGGAACUGAAAUGCGAGAUACUAAGGAUGAAAGCAGAAUUGGAAAAGACGAUGAUGGAAAAGGAAGAGUUAAGUCGUCGUUUGGCUGAAAUAGAUGAUGCGAACUUCGAUGAAGCCAGAUCUAGUACGAUGUACGACCAGCAGACCAGCGAGAACGAGACUUUUUUCACAACAAUGAACAAUUUGUCCUUGACUAGCCUCAACAUUCCGGAAUGUACGCCAGCAGCAGGGGAUACGGAAAUUAAUAAACGAGGGUAUGAUCACUGGAAGGGUGUUUUCAACGCUUCAUUAAACCUUAUUCAAGCUAGCGAUGAAGCUACCAGAUAUGAUUUGUUUCGUAUUAAAGCGGGUCCAUUGUUACUCGAAUUGUUUGAAGGAACCACUACACAACAAGGAAUGCCGGAUGAAAAACAGUUUGCAUAUUCCAAUGCAAUGGCACGAUUGGACGCUCAUUUCGCUUCGAGGGCAUAUAUUUUGUCGCAACGCAGCAAACUGACAAAUAUGGCCCAACGUAAUGGUGAGCCAAACAUUGAUUACGUGAAAAGAGUUGCAGCAGCUUCAAAGUUAUGCAACUAUAAACCAGAUGAGGAAUUCGAAGCAAUGUCACGCACCAUCACUAGAGGAUCAACGGACAGUCGCAUCAGAACGCUUGCUUAUCGGGUGCUUACCGAUGGAGGAUCCCUAAACGAAUUACUCGACCAAGUUCGUAUUAGACAAGUGGAAUUAGAAAAUGAGGACGAUUACCGUAGACUUCAUCAUCCAAGGGUUGAAACCAUUGCGGCCGUUUCACGCCAAUCGAGGGAUCAUGCCCAGUCUCGUCGCAGCCAAUAUCAAACACCAUAUCAGUAUAAGGGUAACCGUGGAAGUGGCAGAGGAGGUUUUCUUCGCGUAACGAAGAACCAGAGAAUCAACAAAUCGUGCUGGAGGAAUCAUCCCUGCCUGGCGGAGCGUAUAAAGCUGAAGGAACAAUGUAAAUUAUGUGAACGGUGUCUAAAUGAGCACGAAGGUUGGUGCAAAUUGGAAAUUACCUGCAACGUUGGUAGGUGUCGCGAACGUCAUCAUCCACUGGUUCAUCGUAUGGCGUUUCAACCGAAUAUUCCAAACCCUGUUACGUUCCGGUCACAUUGUACAUUGUAUAAGCGAAAGGCAGUGGAAACUCUCGCAUACUUGGAUGAGGGAUCGUCUAUGACGCUUGUGGGGGAACAGAUUAUUACCGAGCUCGGAACGACGGAAGAGUUCCCGGAUGCGGGUAAAGCUAUAAUAUGUCGGCAUUACGUCGAUGGUUAUCUCGACAGUAUUGAUACGGUGGUAGAAGCGGUGGAUCGCGCUCAACAGGUGCAUGCCCAGGCCGGUUUCGACAUCCGUAAUUGGAUAUCAAACUCGACAACAUUCUUGCAGACCCUGGGAGAAAAUGCUGUUAAAAAUCAAAUUCUGCUGCAGAUGAACGAAAAGGCGACCGAACGAAUUCUGCGAAUUAUAUGGAAUCCCCAUCAGGAUUAUUUCACUUUCUCAAUGAGUGUACAUGUGGACCUUCAACCGUACCUUACGGGCGAUAAUCGUCCCCCUAAGAGGAUGGCUCUCCGCUACAUAAUGAGCCUCAAUGAUCCAGUUGGACUAUUGGCACCUUCCACCAUCCAGGGGAAAAUUCUGUUGCAAGAUUUGUGGCGUACAGGAUGCGAGUGUAGUUGA